AUGAAAAUUAGGGGCGAACCAGCGGGCCUCAAAUUGUGCACCGCGAACAAUACCCGUAUAGACACUUUUGGCGAGUCGUUUCGCGAGUUAGACUUGGGCCUGAGGCGCUGUAUUAAGUGGAAUUUCUGCAUUGCUGCAGUUCCGUGCGCAAUUAUUGGCGCUGAUCUCCUGCGUCACUAUGGAUUGGUAGUCGACCUUCGAGGGCGUCACCUCACCGAUUCCUUGACGCAGGUCUACUCUAUUGCAAUUGUCAGACCGGCACUGAUUCAUUCAGUGCAUACGGUCAAUCCUGGUUCCAGGUGCGCGGAAAUCCUAGUCGAUUUCCCGGAGAUAACGGGUUCUUCCCUUUUAACGCCCCCGGAGGGUCAUAAUGUGGUACAUCACAUUUUCACCUCUGGUCCUCCGGUUGCGGAGCGCGCUAGGCGUCUCUCCCUGAAGAAACUCUGUGCAGCCAAAGCCGAAUUUCAAGCUUUGGUUGCGGCUGGCAUCUGUCGCCCGUCUCGCAGCCCUUGGGCGAGCCCGAUCCAUCUUGUUCCUAAGAAGGACGGUUCCUGGCGAGUCUGUGGCGAUUACCGCCGCCUUGAUGCGGUAACUACGCCGGAUAAAUAUCCGACUCCCCAUCUCCAUGAUUGUUCUGUCAAUCUUCAUGGAAAAAAGGUCUUUUCGUCUCUCGAUUUGCACAAGUCCUAUAACCAAAUUCCUAUGGCUCCGGAAGAUGUCGAGAAGACGGCGGUGAUUACGCCGUUCGGCUUGUUUGAAUACCUGUUCAUGACAUUCGGGCUAGAGCUUAGGAAUGCCAGCCAGUCAUUUCAGCGUUACAUCAAUCGUGCGCUGGGUGACUUGGAUUUCGUCUUCGUCUAUAUAGACGACAUUCUUGUUGCUUCCGAAUCCUUAGAGGAUCAUGAAAAGCACUUACGCGCUGUGUUUCGAAGGCUCAAGGAAUUUCACCUCCGUCUGAAUGCCGACAAGUGUGUGUUCGGCGCCUCCGAACUCGAGUUCCUCGGAUAUUCGAUCAACAGUGCAGGCAUUCGGCCCACGACGAAAAAGGUUGACGCGACCACCAAUUAUCCCCAGCCAAAAACCAUCGCUCAGCUUCGACGUUUUCUGGGGAUGGCGAAUUUUUAUCGUCGUAACCUUCCCAACGCGGCAGAAUCAGAGGCCCCGUUGAACGCGUUUCUCACCGAUUCUCGGAAGAAUAACAAACGUGAAAUUGUUUGGUCCUGGGAUGCGGUACACGCGUUUGAAAAGGUAAAAUCAGACCUUGCCAACACAGCGUUACUGGUGCAUCCACGUGUAGGCGCAGAUUUGCGUGUCGUCACAGACGCUUCGGAUUUCGCUAUGGGAGCGGCUCUCGAACAGCGUUCUUCGGAAUUCGACCUCGACGAGCUUGCAAGAUUGCAAGGCUCUGACACUCAGCUACAGCUGAUUCGCGGUGCUUCGGAUCAUUCGUUGAAAUUGAAGAGCAUCCUGUGGGGACCAGAGCAAGCUCCAGUUUUCUGCGAGAUUUCUGGACCUCUGCCCUCGUCACAGGGAUGUACGUACUGUCUAACGAUGAUCGACAGAUUCUCUCGUUGGGUGGAGGCUGUUCCUCUGCCGGAUAUUACGGCCCAAACGGUAGCCAGGGCGUUCUACGACACCUGGAUUUCACGGUAUGGUGCACCCAAGGUCAUAACUACCGACCAGGGUGCUCAGUUCGAAUCCCGUCUGUUUUCGGCACUCCUGUCGUUAAUAGGGUGCAGCCGUAUUCGUACGACGGCGUAUCACCCCGCGUCAAACGGCAUGAUAGAGAGAUGGCAUAGCGUUUUCAAAGCCGCAAUCAUGAGCCAUGCGGAUGCAAACUGGUCGCGAGUUCUCUCCACGGUUUUGCUGGGUCUCAGAUCCCAUGUGCGGCUGGACACUGAUGCGUUCCCCGCAGAAUUUCUGUUCGGCACCACUUUGCGCCUUCCCGGUGAGUUCUUCCUUCCGGAAGAUAUUUCACACGACCCAAAUUUCUUCCUCGAGGAAUUACGCGAGUACAUGCGUCAGGUUCGUCCGGUGCCCGUAGCGCACAAGCAUGCGAAACGUGCGUUCUACUUCAAAGAACUCCACAAUUGUUCGCAUGUCUUCAUGCGAAACGUAGCAAAAAAGACACUCGUGAGGCCUUAUUCAGGUCCGCAUAAGAUUUUGCAGCGCGUGUCCGAUCGCGUCUUUAAUAUUGACGUUAACGGUUCCGCCAGAAGUGUCUCCGUCGAGCUCUUAAAACCCGCGCACUUCGUCCCAGAUAAUCUCGACGAUUCGAGCGUGCCCGUAAGCAACGAUUCGUCCGCGACUUCGAGGCCGCUUAGUUUAAAAACGUACUCGCGCAGAAGAGUCACGUUCGCGCCCGAUCCAGCGGUGCGCACUUAUAAAACGCCUUAA